GGAAAUAGCAGAUCUUAUCAGCUUCCUUCCGCUUGCAGCUGUUCUCCUUGCAGCCAUGCCCGAACUCAGCAAAGAAUCCAAGCAGCGCCUGCAGAAAGUCUUUAAAUGCGGACAGUUCACCAUCCGCUGGGGCUUUAUCCCAAUGGUCCUGUAUUUAGGAUUUAAAAGAGGAGCAGAUCCAGGAAUGCCAGAGCCCACCAUACUAAGUUUACUUUGGGGAUGAGGAACUUCCAUACGAGAAAAGAAACGUUUCCAAAAUCCUCAGCGGUCACGGCUUUAAAGAGGAUGUGGCGUAUAUUAUAAAUAGGACUUCUUGAGAUGUGCUGUGAUAAGGCAAAGUGAAGCUAAUUUUGCUAAAUACUUUUCCAUUUAGCAAUGCAUUGUGAAAGCGUCUUGAGGUGCAUUCAGUUCAUACGGUCCAAAUUAAUGUAACUACAUCUUGAAAAGAGAAAUUCCUUUUUUUGUUUUAAAUAAAAAUAUUUAAAAUCUCA